GGGUCAGCUGCGGGGCCCGCAUCCUCGCCUUCGUGCAAUCUGGUCCUGCCUCAGGACACUGACCGCCGGGAUCCGCUCUCUGCGCGCGGCGGGCUGUGGGUUUGGGACUUGACUUUCUUUUUCCGGGAUGCGAACGAGGGCUAUGACUAGCUCUCAAAGGAGAAGGCCGUAGCUACCUGGGAUUCUGGCCACUACCCUAGACACAUAGAAGCCCUGGAAAUUAGGGACAAGUGGGGCGGGAACAGAGUCAGGCUGUGAAAGAAAGCUAGAACUGCCCCAAAGGGAAAGUUUGGGGUUGAUGAAUGGUCCAUGGGGACAUCUGGGAGCCAGCGAGGUCUUUGGAAUGGAGAAGGGGCGUUGGAGGGGCUGCAACUUGGCCUGCACCGUCUGCAGGAAACUCCCUUUGGAUCGCAAGGUCAUAUUUCUACCCCUUUUCCGAUAGCAUUGGCCUCAGAGCGACCUGCGAAGAGGCACCAUGUUCCCUUCCUCUGUCUGGCCGCCGGCAGUUUUGUGGGGCGGGGGGGGGGGGGUUCAAAGGGAUGGUUAAAUGUCCAGGCUGGUCCUUCAAGAGACCCACUAACGCAGAUUCUAUUCUGGGCACACGGAGGUCGCCCAGUCUUCAGCCCCCAGCUGGAGGAACCUCAGCUUUUCCCUCUAGGGAACAGAAGAAUGAGAAAAGGCCUUUGCACAACCCAGCCUCAAAGCCCAAAUUCCUGGUGUUUGAGGGCCCGAUGAAGGGGAGUCGGGGAGGUUCCGGGUGCAGCUGGCGACAGCAGGCCACGGGCAGAGGCCGGAGACGUUUGGCCUUUAGCCAGGGAGCUCCCAGACAGCCUGCCGGGCCCCUGCUCUGCACCCGCCCCGCCGGCUGAGCUGUGGCCGAGAGGCGGGCAUGCCUUUGCCGGCGCUCCUGCGGAUUAGUCAGUGUGGAGCAGCGGGGAAGUCUCGGGGGCUGAAGUCGCUGGCUUGGGAAGCAGGCUGAAGAUGACCUCUGACCUUGGGCAGGCCUGCGCCUGUUAGGGCGACCCCGCAAUGUGCAGGCUUGGUGUUCCCCCAAAAGAAAAAUGAUGCCUUUUGCCUGUACCCACUGGCCCACUUUCAUAGCUCUCCCCCAGCAGGAUCAAUUACUGAAGCUCAUUGGCACACUUUUCUUGUCUCAAGGGAAAGAAGGCAGAUUCCAAUAAGUCUCCAGGUUGUGCUCCUGACUGGUGAUUCAGUGCCCAGGGCUGGUGUGAGGAGACAAGUCAGGAGCAAUCAUUCGGGGAAAACCAAGCUGAGCAUUUUCAGGGCUUUUAUAUUCCUGGGUUGGCAAGGAUCUCAGGUCCAGGGGCCCAGGGACUGCUCCUAGAUUCUCUCACCCCUCCUUCAGCGAGAUGACUGGCUUGCUAAGUGGGGUCAGAGUUUGAACCAAAGGAGAAGAUAUUUACCCGGGUUCCAUGCACAGGCCCAGUGAUGGAGCUGCUACAGGAGCAGUUUAAGGCUCAAAGUCAGAAAAUGAGAUACAAGACUUCUUUGGUGAUGAGGAAACGAAUGCGGCUUUACCGAAACACCCUGAAAGAGUCAAGUAGCAGCUCCGGACACCAUGGCCCCCAGCUCGCUGCCGCCUCCAGCCCCUCGGUGUUACCGGGCUUUCACGAGCAGCCUCCCCAGGCCUCCCCUAGCUGCACUUUGAACGGACUCCUGCGUCUGGGGCUCCCCGGAGACAUGUACGCACGGCCCGAACCCUUCCCGCCGGGACCUGUGGCCCGCAGCGACGCCCUGGCAGCUGCCGCAGCCCUGCACAACUACGGGGGCAUGAACCUGACCAUGAACCUCGCCGCACCCCACGGUCCCGGCGCCUUCUUCCGCUACAUGCGCCAGCCCAUCAAACAGGAGCUCAUCUGCAAGUGGCUGGCGGCCGACGGCCCCGCACCCCCGCGCCUCUGCUCCAAAACUUUCAGCAACAUGCACGAGCUGGUCACGCACGUCACCGUGGAGCACGUCGGAGGCCCUGAGCAGAGUAACCACAUCUGCUUCUGGGAGGAGUGUCCGCGCCAGGGCAAGCCCUUUAAAGCCAAAUACAAACUUGUAAAUCACAUCCGCGUGCACACGGGCGAGAAGCCCUUCCCUUGUCCUUUCCCGGGGUGUGGGAAAGUCUUUGCUAGAUCAGAAAAUCUCAAAAUACACAAAAGAACUCACACAGGGGAGAAGCCCUUCAGGUGCGAGUUCGAGGGCUGCGAGCGGCGCUUCGCCAACAGCAGCGACCGCAAGAAGCACUCGCACGUGCACACGAGUGACAAGCCCUACACGUGCAAAGUGCGCGGCUGCGACAAGUGCUACACGCACCCCAGCUCGCUGCGUAAGCACAUGAAGGUGCACGGACGCUCGCCGCCGCCGCCCAGCUCUGGCUACGACUCGGCCACACCGUCUGCCCUCGUGUCGCCCUCGUCGGACUUCGGCCGCGAGCCCCCGGUGGCCUCCUCGGCGGCGGUGGCGGCGCGUAGCGCCGACCUGAGCGAAUGAUGUCCUCCGCGUUGCUCGCAAGGUAAUCUCGCCCUGCGCAGCUGAGCGCCCGCAUCUUGCGCCUGCGACAUCAAAGGGCCCGCGCACAAAGCAAUGUUUCUUCGCCACGGUGCAUCUUCAUGGUAAGUUAGGAUUUCUAUGGCAAUGGGCAAGUCGCACUGAAAUCCUGAAAGGCCGAGCCUGGAGCCCGUCCAGGCUUUUCAUUAAGGACAUAAUAUUUACGUCUAACAGGCCUUUUUUCUUGUGUAUACAAGUAUAUAUUUUUGUUUGACGCGGACUAAAUCAUUUUCAUUUAAUUUCCGGUAAACAAAACCCACGCGAAUGGGCACUUGUUCCCGAUCAUAAUAAAAAUGGAUAAUAAUGUGAGGGAAGAAAAGGGCCGCUUGAAUCGCCGCUCAGCUCCCUUUGUUUCUGCUUUCUGCGGUGAUCAGAGGGCGCAUUUGGGUUUGAUGGCGAGUUUCUAAAGGCGAGGAAAUGGUUUGUAAGAGGGGAAAGAAAAGGAGAAAGGUCUAAUCAAGCUCGGGUUGUUCAAAGAGUCGGGUUUUGGGGUUGAAAGUGUGAGUUUGACGGUGCAUCAGCAUGCCGCGUUAGGCUCGCCAUGGAAAUGCGCGCGGGGAGCGGCCGCUUCAAAGGCGGCACACUUCACUGCAGACACUCUAUUAAGAUACAUUUGCGCUGACCUUUGCUUUCACGCCAUUUAAUACUGUCACUGUGCUCUCCAGUAUAUACUUCCUCCUUAGGACCUGCCUCGCCAGCGUUUAGGGGUUCACCUGGCACUCCGAUGGGGGCGGGGGAGGGGCGCUUUGGCAGCAGGGAAGCUUUCAGGAAAGGGAGGAGCCAGACUCGUGCAUCUUGACUGCGCCCCAAAGAGGCUCCAGGGUCAGAAGUAAAUAAGUUUAGGACGAGCUCAGAAGCUUAACAAAUGAGCAUCCCCAGCUAGGUUUUGUGCCAAGUGCCUGUCAGCAUCUUGAGCGUGUUGGAGGCCUGAAUUUCAAUGGGACUUGGGGGAAGGAAAGGAGCCACCCUGGAUGAGUCUGGGGAGUUCAGACUGUGCCUUUGGGACAUUUUCACUCUGGCCCCCAGCCCAGCCCAUUCUGCCCCUCUAUCCCGGAAGUUUCUCACAGACCCCCAAACUUGUUUCUCCGCAGGGUGGGGUGUAUGGUACCCCUCAGGCCUGCGCUGGCCCUGGGCACAGACUCAAGAGCCCAAGGCCAAGGGGAUAGGGAAGAUGGCAGGAAAGUUAGAAGUCCAUGUUCCCUUAAUUGUCUUGUUGUUUAUUUUAUCCAAGUACCCCAGUGAAUAGGGGAAAAAUAAACACGGUGGAAAAAAAAUCAAACAGUGGAGUCUUCUUUAGUGCCAGUCCUUGUGGUUGAAUAAAAAGGAUGGUCCGCUUUCUAUUGAGCUGAGAAAUCUUUGAAGUGGGAGUUAUUAUCUGAGACAUUCCUGCUUGUCGUCCUAACAACGCUGAUGAAACGUAAAAGGUUCUUUGUCAGCGAUUUGUUCUCCUCUCUGUCAAACUCCCUCUGCCCCGUUAGUUUCAAACCGUUUCUAAAGAGAUAAAAUCUAACUUCUUUUUUUUAAAUACAUGCACACUACACUAACUGAUAACUUAGGGCCAAGUCCUGCUAAGGGAAAAACAAAAGCAAUGCAGAGACAUUAGGUCCAGAGCCUGCGGAGGUGUGCAGAUGUUGAGGGGCCCUUUGCCCAGGCUCUGGGACAGGAGGGAAAGAAUGCAGAGACAGCGCAGGCAGAGGGUAUACACCCUAAGCCUACACUGUAUGUCUGCUUCUCUCUUCUCUGGUCUGCACUCAAUUAGUCCAAGUCAGGUCACCUAGAGACCCCUCAAGCUCCCAAUAUUCUUGCUCCGAAUCCUUGGAACCAAGGCUGCAGCCAAGCAAUUGUUACUAUUUCCUGCUCCUUCGAAGACAAUCUUUGCUAAAAAUAGACCCAUUGUGUGUUUCUUCCCACUAGCAGCAAUCAGCAAGCUCUUUCUGCCAUUAAUAGAAAGGAGAGUGGCUUGAGGGAGACAGACAUUUUUAUAAUUUCCUGUUUUCUUCAGAAUCUUGGCAGUUGGAGUUCAGAAGGUCCACGACCCCAAAGUGCAUGCAAACGCCCCCCUCCCAUCCACAUGUGCAGUUCUUCAUUUCAUAUUGUGCCCAAGAAAGAAACUUUCACCCGUCCAGCUUUCCCCAAACCUUCUGAUGUAGUUUUAAAGGUGGUUUAAAUAAACAAGGAUGUUCCAGCCUCCCCACCCCGUGUGUGCUGACUAAAUGAUUUGUAAAGAAGUUUCCCCAAGCUGUAACCCAUGCUGUUAUUAUAGUUGCUACAAAAUGUUGUCUCUUAUAUUGAUUUUUAUUUGUUUACUGGAGGUCCCCAUAUGUUUGUUUAUAUUGCUAAUUUAUGGGACAAUGUAAUGAUUGCAAUGAAUGUGAAUUAUACAGACAGGCAAAUGUUUUGUAAUCAUAAUUCACACACGCAAGAAAGCCUGACUGAAAUCUUAGACUAUUUGGUACCCUCUCUAGCCACACUGUUUGUGAUUUAUCACCUGUCCCCUUAGCAUCCUUAAAUUAUGAACUAACUUGAAAGAAAAAAAAAGUUGUCAUGUAUUUGACUGAAAGUGAUUGUUGAAUGAAAACAUAGUUGAAAGCUGUGGUUUAAUCUUGCUGUAAAUAUGUAAAAGUGAAUUAAAAUCUGUGAUUCCUUUUCCCUCCAAAGGCUUUUGUGUACAUGGAGCUCCGUUUUGCUAUUUUCUUUGGAAAUAAACGAUGUGAUGUUCCCCUUC